AUGAAUCCCUUAAGUUGGAACUGCCGGGGGCUUGGGAACCCCCAGUCAGUCAGAGCAUUGCAUGACUUGGUGCGGUGUUGGGAUCUCAAAGUUGUCUUCUUUAUGGAGACCAAAUCAAAAACCAAACGUAUAGAAAUGAUAAAGAAUAGAAUUGGGAUGGCAAAUGGCCUCAUUAUUCCCUGUAUAGGCCGAAGUGGAGGACUUGCUCUCUUAUGGGCAAGAGAAGUUGACUUGGAAAUUAAAAACUUCUCAAAUAACCAUAUAGAUGCAACUAUCACUGAGCCUGACAACAACUUCAAAUGGAGGCUAACCGGCUUUUAUGGUCAUCCAGAGACUCACCGAAGGUAUGAAUCUUGGCACCUUCUAGCUUUUCUUCAUAAUCAAUUCCAACUUUCUUGGCUUUGUCUAGGAGAUUUUAAUGAAAUUUUAUCAACUGAGGAAAAAUCGGGUGGAACUCCUAGGCCUCAACAGCAGAUGGAUGGCUUCAAAAAAGUAGUGGAUUAUUGUGGUUUUCAAGACUUGGGCUAUAUUGGGUCUGAUUUUACUUGGUGCAACAUGCAAGAGGGGGAAAACAGGAAAUACUUAAGGCUUGACAAAGCUUUUGCAAUUCUAGAAUGGACCGAAAAAUUUGGAGGGAAGAAAGUACUCCAUAUAGUUGAUUCCACUUCUGAUCAUUGUGCACUAGUAAUCUUGGACUCAACAUCCAAUCGCCACUCCCAAGAAAAGCGGUUUCAUUUCAAGGCAUUAUGGACUAAAAAUGCUGACUGCAAAGCUAUUAUUGAGGUGUCAUGGGGGAUUGGGGCUGAUCUUAGUACCCCAGAAGGAAUAAUGGAGAACUUAAAAUCUUGUGCUACCGAGCCAACUAAGUGGAGAUUAGAGGUUUAUGGGCAAAUUCGAAAAAACAUUCAGGCCAAAAGGAACGCCCUAAAUAGCCUAACCAAACAAGACAAGGGAGGAGACAUGGGCACUGAGAUUAAUAGUCUAAGGAAAGAAAUCAAUGAGCUUUUGGAUGAUGAGGAAAUCUAUUGGGGGCAAAGAGCUAAAGCCCACUAG